GGAGGGCUGCCUGCUUCCCCCCUCGCACUGCUGCGCUGGACUGAGACAAAAGGAGUGUGAGGGACUUCCAGACACUUCUACCUGAAGCCAAGACCCAGACCCGGACCCGGACCCAGACCCAGACCCGGACGCCACCAUGUCGAGCAAGCGCGCCAAGGGAAAGACCACCAAGAAGCGGCCUCAGAGGGCCACCUCCAACGUCUUCGCCAUGUUCGACCAGUCUCAGAUCCAGGAGUUCAAGGAGGCGUUCAACAUGAUCGACCAGAACCGAGACGGGUUCAUCGACAAGGAGGACCUGCACGACAUGCUGGCCUCUCUGGGUAAGAGCCCCUCUGACGAAUACCUGGAGGGGAUGAUGAGCGAGGCCCCGGGGCCCAUCAACUUCACCAUGUUCCUCACCAUGUUCGGAGAGCGGCUCAACGGAACCGACCCCGAGGACGUCAUCCGCAACGCCUUCGCCUGCUUCGACGAGGAGGGGUCCGGUGUGCUCCACGAGGACCAUCUGAGGGAGCUGCUGACCACCAUGGGCGACCGCUUCUCGGACGAAGAGGUGGACGAGCUGUUCCGCGAGGCGCCCAUCGACAGCAAGGGCAACUUCAACUACGGCGAGUUCACGCGCAUCCUCAAACACGGCGCCAAGGACAAGGACGACGAGUAGGAGGCGCCCUCAGUCCGAGCCCGAGUCCCGACCUUCAGACACGGGAUCAGUCUCUCUUUAAAAGAGCCAAAGUGUCCGUUGUGUUGAAGUCAUUCAGAUGUAAACGUGUUUAUUUAAAGGUCGGGGUUCAUUUUGGGAUCCACAGAAAUGUUUUUGACGGUCACCAUAAGAGGUGCGUUUGCAUCUCGUAGCUACAAGUCUCUUGUGGCUUCACGGACUGCGAGUUGGACGUUUGAGAUGCAGCAGAACAUCGUGUGUGUGUGUGUGCUCAGUGCCACACACAGUACCAGCUGUGUUUACCUCUUACCUGCCAAUCAGCUACCACACCUGCACAAGCGCUGCACCUCGUCUCCAUAUCAGUAAUAUUUGUUUCCCUGUGACAAAAAAAUAAAUCUGAUCGUUCUGAUUGUGCUCAUUAAAAGUGCUUCUGCUUGAUAAACUAGUUUAGUAGAGCUUCGUUGAAGGAUCAGGUAAGUUUGUGUUGAAGGAAUUCAGGUUUGAAUGAUUCAAGUUUAUUCAUGUUAGCAGAAACCAUGUUUUUCAAAUAAGUGUCUACUUCCUCACGUGGUUUCAUCAUCCUUGACGAGUUUGAGGUUUACGUGGAACCAUGAAUGCACCAACUUGGACACGUUGUUUUAAAUGUUCACGACACUCAUAGUGGAACAUAUUCAGAUAUUUGAUAAAUCCUGAUUGGUGCACAUUAUGACAUCACCCAUGUUUUUUUCAAUUGAUGC